AUGGAGCUUGCGCCCCGCUCUCGCAAUCCUAGAUCGCGACGGGAGGUCAGCCCGGCGGGAGUCGCCCGGGGCGGUCUGAAGAUGAUCCACUGGGAUCUUACGGAAUAUGUAUUCUCGCUCGAGAAUCUGAAGGCCGACCUCUUGCCCGCCUUCCACCGCUCCCGCAAUUUCGCAGCGGUCUCUGUCUGUGCCAAGGCCCUUCAACUCGUCGGCACCGUGUGGUUCUCGGCCGAGCAGCCCGAGGCGUCGACAUUGCUGACAUUGCUGGCGGCCUACAACACCGGUUUCGCGUUGAUCUACGCCGCAUGCUUGUACAUGGUCUCGCGCUGCCACCGCCAGGCUGAAGACCUCAAGAUCAAGGUCAGGGAGCGGAAUGUCACCGAGGAGGACAUGCGGGCCUGGGGUGGGUUCACCCCCAGCGUUACCAACUGGAUUGCGGGCGCGAGACAUACUCGGAGAUACUAUUUUAUGUUCGGUGGAUGGCUUGGCUUUGUGGCUGACUGCUUCACAACGUGGUUUUGUCUUUGA